CUCACGCCUACGCCGCAGCGGGGCGGCGGGGGUGCCGGAUCAUAUGGCACCUAGAGCAAACUCUCCUGCUUGCGUGUCAAUAUUUGCUCGAAUGCUGGAGCGGGGAAGGACGCUGCGAGCCGGCACUGUGUGAGAAGCGCGUGACGCAGGAGCCACACUCCGGUGCUGCUGGCGGAGCAGAGAACCGCCACGCCACAGGGGCUUCUUCGGCCGGGGAGGGGGCGACAUGAAAGACCGACUGGACGAGCUCAGGGGCUACGGGGACGAGGAAGACGGGGUCCCGGAUGCCGUCGACCGCGGGUCCGGCUUCUCCAACGCCGCCUUCCAGGAGGACCUGCCCUCGGGAUUGGACGAAUUCUUCGGCCAGGUGUCGCGGAUCUCCUCGCACCUGGUCCGCCUGCAGGGUCUGUCGGAAGAGAUCCGCGCCAUGCAGGAGCAGGUGCUGUGCAGCACCACCGUCGAGGAGGUGGCUGGCGGGAAGCAGCGGCUUGCCGAGCUCAAGGCCGAGUUCACCACGCGGGCGCGAGAGAUCCAGGACAACCUCGCUCGGAUGAAGGAGAAAGAGGGGGCGGCGGACGCGCGCGGCGCCGGCGCCGAGGGCCGCAUGCGCCAGUGCCAGUUCUACGCCCUCUACCGGCGCCAUUCACAGCUCAUGGGUCAGCACUACGCCUGGGAGAUGGAGUACAUGGGGCGCCUGAAGGAGCAAAUCGCCCGGCAGACGCAGCUGGCCGGCCUGGAGCUGGGUGAGGAGGAGAUCCAGCAGCUGGCCGAAGGGCCCCUGGCGCCGCGGUUGGUGGGCGCCGACAUCCAGGCCCUGGAGGCCCUUCGGCAGCUCGCCCUGGCCCAGGAGAGACACCAGCAGCUGUUGGCCCUGGAGCAGCAGAUCAGCGAGCUGCACGACCUCUUCCUCUCGCUGGGCGUCAUGGUGAGCCGGCAGCAGUCGCAGGUGGACAGCAUCGAGAUGAACGUCCUGCGCACGCUGGACUACGUGAGCGAUUCUACGCAGGAGGUGAAGAAAGCGCUGCAGUACCAGCGCCGCUCCCGCCUGGCUGCCCUCGUCUCGUCCCUUCUGGGGCUCUGCGUGUGCUGCGGGUGCCUGUGCUGUGCCUCGCGGGGACUGCCCUUCGCCAAGUAACGGGACCGUGACCCACCCCCGGCCUGGACCGGUGGACGGUUCCAUCGUGGGAGGACGCUCAGUGAACACAUUUCCUAUUUGUGGUUUUCUUCACCUGGAUGAAACAGUUACAAUCAGAUCAAUAUUUUCUGCGACAAGUGCCUUUCCCUCGAACGCUGCAUUAUUUUCGCUCACGCAAAUCAUGUUGCUUAGAGGAGCUUAUGCCGGAGCUAGUUAAUGCGAUGCUAUAAUUUAUUGCUUCUCAAGUCAGCGAGAAUGACUGUGUCGUAGGGAUUUAAGUUCCUUUGACCCUUUCUUCAUGUUCAGCUUUCAGACGGGAAGGGAAUGAAGAGGGACAUUUUUUAAGUGGUUUUUUUUUUUUUUCCCCCUCAAACACCAGUAUGAAUUUAAGCUUAGUAUAAGAGAGCCACGUCACCGCGUGGGCCGACUGGCAAGACGCCAGAUAUUGUGGCGCUGGUGUCAUAGUCAUUGAUCCAAAGUUGUAAAUGUAAGGAGAGGCCCAUUCAUGGCCGCCGCGCCAUUUUAAAGGUUAUUAUUUAUUUUGCGGACGGCCGGCUCUUUUUCUUUUUUUUUUGUUUUUUUUUUAGUCGUCGCUCACAAUGUCCGACGCCGCGCGAUUUGCACCUUUCGUAAAUAAAGUGACUGAACAACCAGAGCGCUUUUGUUUGCAGAAUAAUUA